AUGGGUAAUUUCAGAGUCUGUAUAGUUGGCGGUGGUCUGGCAGGCUCACUGCUAGCUAACGGGCUUAUCAACAAUGGCGUUGACACGAUGGUCUUCGAGAGAGACGAGGAAACCCUUAAGAGGGAAGGAUACCAGAUCCGUCUGGGUGAUCCUGCUUUAACAGGUCUGGCCUCUUGCCUGACCGAUUCACAGUUGGAAUCUAUUGUGCAAAAGCUUGGGAGAUAUUCUGGCUCUUCCAAGACAGCACCGAGUAUCUGCAACACCAAGUUCCAGACUAUUCUGGACCUGUCAGCGUUGCCUACCUACUCCAAGUCAUCGGCCAUCAAUCGCGUCGUUCUGCGUGACCUGCUUCUUGACCCCGUCAUUGCUGAGGGGAGGGUCAAGUUCGAUAAGCAUUUCUCACAUUACGAGAUUAUCGAGAAUGGUCCCAGUGGAAACGAGAGCGUUAAAGUCAACUUCACGGAUGGCUCGUCCGAGUACUGUGACAUUCUUGUCGCUGCGGAUGGUAGCGGAUCAAAGAUAAACAAGCAGAUAGGGGCCAAGAAUCUCGUUGACAUGAAAAGUCAUGUGUCUUUUCUGUCAAAAGGGAAUGCCACCAAGGAACGUCUGCGCCAGCUGCCCCCUCGUCUUCUAAACGGUCCAAUUCUGGUGUUCAAGAAUGGGAUCUCUCUCUACUAUGCGCUUUACUUGCCCGCCUCCCAACAGAAAGGCGGGGAUCAAGAUCAAGAUGACGAUUUCGACUUUGACGAGAAACAAGCAUCAUUCUACUGGAGCCUGUCUGUUCCUCGCGAGUUGUGCCCCUUCGAUAACCCAAGUGAUAUCCCCGAUAGAAGACAGGUUUGUCUUGAUAUAGUUCGCGACUGGGCUCCAGAAUACCAUGUCAUGCUCUCCGCUGGAGCCGGUGAUGAGGAUAACAUUACAGUGACAAGGCUCCGGGCGAGUACAAAGCUCUCGAAAGACUGGCGACAGCGACUUCAGGCGCACAAUGGCAACGUCCGUGAAGAGGGCCACCCGCGCGUAUGGCUCGUGGGCGACGCUGUGCAUGCCAUGCAGCCAACCCGGCAAGUCGGUUCACGAGCUACAACUAUGCGAGACAUUGCCGACAUGUUGCCUCAAUUGCUCGAGCUGAAAAGGGCGGCAGAAGCGGGCCCGCCACUGUCUACUCGAGAGAUCGAGACUAGGUGCAAUGCAUACGAGAAAAACAUGAUUGACCGUUCUUUUGCUUGGGUGGCUAAGAGCGGGGGCACAUCCCAGCCGAUCGAGGAGCUUGAAAGCGCUGAUUUUCUCAAGACCAUCGACCUCGAUGGACUUCUGGGCAGGGUUAUAUCCUUCCUAGCAGGCUUGCUGCUGCCUGUAGCAACUAUCCUGUACAAGACUGCCAAAAGAUCUAAGCAGUAG